AUGUUUGCCCGAUCUGCCAUUCUCCUCGCCACCCUUGCAGCAGCAAGUGCUCAGCUCACCGCCUCUCUCAUCGAGUGCCAGCCCGCCCUCCUCUCUUGGUCCGGUGGUUCUUCCCCUUACUACCUCUCCAUCAUUCCCGGUGGUGAGUCUGGCUCUGCCGCCCUCAAGGACUUUGGAGAGCAGUCCGGUACCUCCCUCACCUGGACCGUCGACAUUGCCUCUGGCACUUCUGUCACUGUCAGGGUUACCGACUCUACUGGUGCUAUCAACUACGACGAUGUUGUCUCCGUCCAGUCUGGCUCCAGCACCUCUUGUUUGAGCUCCAGCACCUCUGCUUCUGGUAUCACCGGCUCUUCUUCUGCGUACGUCGCCUUCCUUUGUCCUCCUUGGUCCUCUGUUGUUUACCUCGGGCUCACCUGCGUUUUCAGCACUUCUGGCGCCGCUGCCGCCUCUGGCUCUUCUUCUGCCGCCAGCUCCGGCUCUUCUUCUGCCGCCGCCAGCUCCGGCUCCUCCUCCGCCGCUGCCGACAGUUCUUCUACCGAUGCCAGCUCCGCCCCCACCUCGUCUUCUUCUUCCUCCUCCUCUUCAUCCUCUUCCGGCGCCAUGGGCUUUGCUUCUGCCUCCGUCGCCGGCAUUGCCCUCUCUGCCGUCGCUGCCGGUGUUGUCGCCUUCUUCUAA